AUGUUGGCCUCCAUCAACCGGAACAGGGGAUGCACGUAGUGGCGCUGAAUUCAACGAAUGUAAAUAUUGGGCCGGUUGCCGAUUAUUAAAGAAAGGUGGUACUUUCUGAGAUUUGGUGUAUUGUGGUCUUAAUAGUCAAAUCAAGUGGUACUGCCUUAAGAUCAGAUCAAUGGUGAACAAAAGCAAUCAAGUGUCCAGAGUAGGGAACCAGUAAAGAGGUGGAGGCAGGGAACCAGUAAAGCGGGGGAGGCAGGGAACCAGUAAAGAGGUGGGGAUCGGGAACCAGUAAAGAGGCGGAGGCAGAGAACCAGUAAAGCGGCGGAGGCAGGGAACCAGUAAAGAGGUGGAGGCAGGGAGAUGGCCUCGGCAUCGGAGGAAACCACCACCUGCAACAGGACAGGAGUGGUGUACGAUGAAUUGAUGUCCAGUCAUUUCCACAUGUGGAAUACAGCCUUCACUGAAAAACCAGAGAGAUACACCGGGAUAAUUGACCGCUGUAAACACUACGGACUGCUGGACAGGUGUAACAGAAUACAGUCCAGAGAAGCCACAGAUGAGGAAAUUCUAACUUUACACAGUCCAGAUCACCUGCGGAUCCUGAAAGCAUCGGAAUCCAUGACUAAAGAAGAAAUGGAGACUUUGUCUCAGAAAUAUGACUACCUCUACUUCCACCAGGACAUUCUAAGGAAUGCACGCUUGGCUCUUGGAUCCACACUGAGUUUACUGGAUGAAGUUCUAACUGGAAAGGUUCAGAAUGGCUUUGCUAUCGUCAGACCUCCGGGCCAUCAUGCUAUGUACAAUGAGUUUAAUGGUUACUGCCUGCUGAAUAACGUGGCAUUGGCCGCCAAGAGAGCCCUGGAUGUAUAUGGACUAGAAAGAGUGUUAAUUCUUGAUUGGGAUGUCCAUCAUGGACAGGGAAUACAGUAUUUCUUCUACAAUGAUCCCAGAGUCUUGUACUUUUCAAUUCACAAGUAUUUAGAUGGAGAAGAGUGGCCUUACCUCAGGGAAUCGGACUAUGAUCACAUCGGUGAGGGGCGGGGCACAGGAUUCAACAUCAACGUACCUCUCAAUGUGAUUGGCUGUGACAACAGUGUCUACCUGGCAAUCUUCUUCAACAUUCUGCUGCCCAUUGCUUACGAGUUUAACCCUCAGCUGGUGCUGGUGUCUGCCGGUUAUGAUGCAGCCCUGGGUUGUCCAGAGGGAGAGAUGGAGGUGACUCCUAGCUGUUUCGCCCAGUACGUGAACCUCCUGUCGUCUUUGGCGGAGGGAAAACUCUGUCUGGUGCUAGAGGGAGGUUACUGCAUCAAGACGCUGGCUGAGGGUGUGGCUAUGUCUCUGAAGGUGUUACUGGGUGACCCGUGUCCAAGUGUUGACCCCAUUACCCAGCCCAAUAGCAGUGCGGUGUCAUCCAUUUUAAAUGUGAUCAAGGUGCUUCGGCCAUAUUGGAGAAGUCUACAGCUCCAGGGAGAUUUGGCCUCUACAUCACAUACCUCAUCAACAGGGGUGCUCGCCUGGCCCCCCAAAGAGGGCGUGGACUUCUACACUCACAACAAGCCUGAGUCAUUCUCUCUACACCAGGACUGCUGGAAUCCUGGCGUAAUGGACAGUGCUCACGUUGUAGACGCGCAGGUGGACGAACUAUUGGCCCGUACUGUACAGAGGAGAACUAGACACAAGGUUGGCAUUGUGUAUGAAGACGUGGUGUUGAAUCACAGGGACUCGAGAUUUGGAGGGUUUGAGGAGUGUCCAGAAAGAGUAGAAAGGAUUGUACAGACCCUGAAAAAGAAUGGGAUCUGGGACAGGUGUUACCUGGUACAGGGCAGAAAAGCCACAGAUGAAGAGCUGUGUCUUGCUCAUGGUGAGGAUCACAUUCAAAGAUUUAAGAAGACCCAAACAAUGGGAGAAGAAGCAUUAAAAGUCUACCAGGACAGCUUUAAGUCAAUCUACCUGUGUCAGGAAAGUUUUACCUCUGCAGCCUGGGCAGUGGGCUGUUCCUUAUCUGUGAUAGACUCAAUACUGACCAAUGAGGUUCAGAGUGGUGCUGCAAUAGUGAGGCCCCCAGGUCACCACGCGGAGAGGAACACCUUGAUGGGUUUCUGUCUGUUCAACAAUGUGGGUAUAGCUGCCAAAUAUGCCCAAACCAAAUACAACGUUCAGAGGAUUUUGAUCGUGGACUGGGACGUACAUCACGGCAAUGCAAUCCAGAGCCUCUUUGAAGAUGACCCAAAUGUGCUGUUUGUGUCUUUACAUCGAUUUGACAAUGGAUCUUUCUAUCCAUACGGAGGGAAAGGUUACUUCAAACAGCCUGGUGGUCCGAAUGCUCGCGGACGUACUGUAAAUGUCGCCUGGAAUGACGGUUCUAAGGGAGAUGCGGAUUACAUCGCAGCCUUCCAUCAUCUGGUGCUUCCUGUGGCCUAUGAGUUUGCUCCAGACUUGGUGAUAGUGGCUGCGGGAUUUGAUGCUGAGAAGUCGGAUCCUCUGGGGGGUUAUCGAUUGACUUCUGCGGUGUUUGGUCACAUGACUCGGAUGUUGAUGGGAUUGGCUGAUGGAAAGGUUGCUCUCAUUUUGGAGGGUGGAUACAGUUUGGACGGAGCCUCUCAGUGUAUGAGUAUGUGUAUAUCUUCAUUGCUAGGAGACCCGUUACCAAGCAUCCACAGUCCUGUGCCCAGUAAAAGCGGAGUGGAAGCCAUCGGUAAAACAAUGGAGGUUCACGAGGAAUUUUGGAAAACUCUUGUGUUUAGAGUGGCGUUGCCUACCGAAGAACAACUGGAGUUGUUAAAGUCACUAAAAGAAAGGAAGAAAGCAGCCACGUAACAGAGGGCCAAACUUAGCAGCGACCAGCGCUGUCCGCAUUCGUGUUUAGCUGACCUGGGUGCUGAGGGCUGGACCUGGUGACCAGUGUUAUCUAUAGUCAUAUUUAACUUACCAGGCAGCAGAGUGGGGUGGACAUAAAGACCGAAGUUGCCUACAGCCAUUUAUCUACCCUCAUUUAUCUUCAUGACCUUUGACCUUUACAAUCUACAGUUAUGUGUCUUAAUAUUGCUAUUUCCUGUGUUCAUCAUUGAUGUGUAUUUGUGGUAAUGUACGGGGAUGAAAGCAGAUAAGAAGAUUAUCUCUGCUGGGUCAAAGCUGUGUACAUGUGUGUGUGUACUGAUAUCUAGAUCAGAUAUGUCAGUCUCCUUGGGUUAUUUUUCAUUUUCCUAGGAACUGGAUGAUUAUUUUAUUUUAUUUAUUGUUUUCAUAAUUUGCAACGUAUCUUGCAAAUGAUAGAUGUUGGUAAAAUGUUUUUAUGAUUUUUAAAAGUAACAUUGUUUCUAUGGCUUGGUGAUUUUAAUGUUGUUUUUUUUUCAUGAAGUAAAUUUGUACAGCAGUCCUGCUCAUGCCGUGGAAACGAAAGAUAACAAGGAUGCUAAGUUCAAUAUACAGUAUUAUAUAGAUACAUACACUGCAUAUUACUGUUUGUGAUCAAGUGAUCUCAGAUUGAACAUGAAAUGAUAAUUGUUGAAGUGGGUCACUCGACCAUCUAAGGUAGAUUUAUCCAUGUGUGAUGUCAUGGGUUUUUAAAAAUAUCUUUAUUUAAUUAAUCUUUGUGCAUUAUCGAAACAUAAUAUCUUUCAGGGGAAUUUUAUUCACUGGAUAAAAUAUAAAAUCUGGUAAACUAUUGACAAUGAAAAAGUUUAAAUUUUUCAUAGAUGAUUAUUAUUUAUAGUGAAAAAAAAUGUCAAGGGCAACAACUCCUAUGCUGGUAUUUCUUCUAGUGUAUGUCUGUUAUACAAUGACUUCCCCAAUAUCCACAAAUGAUUUAUACAUAUUUAUAUAUUAGCCGUUUUUUUAACUGUUCAUAUUAAAAAUUUGUCAUUUUAAGAAGUUUUUAUCUAUUUUUUAUUAUUCUAUUAUAUGAAAAUGUGUGAUUUUCUGAUGUUGAGCUUUACUUCUGUUUUUGUAUGUCUGACAUGGUGGCAACAUAUACAUUUUCUUCGGUUAUUAAGGUAGCUCCACCCUCGUGUGACUUACCAAUGUUAAUGGUUCAAAGUAGAAAAACUGCAUUAAUUUCCACAUAAUAUAGUGUGAUUUAAUCAAUAACCAAAGAAAAUAUAUUUGUUCCACCUUUUUAAAGAUGCUGAACAUACAUAAACAGAAGUGUAUGUCAACAUCAGAAAAUUGCAGGAUUUCAUGACAUGAUGAAAAUACAUAAAUACUAAUUAAAAUGACAAAAUUUAAAUUUGAACAAUUUCAGAAAACUGCUUCUUUAAAAGUAUAUAUACAUGGAUUGUCGAUAUCAAGAAAAUCAUUGUAUAUUAUAGACAUACAAUUGAGAAAAUACCAGCAUAAGAGUUAUUGCCCUUGACAAUGCCUUCUUUUAAUGUAGGCAAUUGAUUAUGUUUUGAAAAUAAAAACUUUUUCAGUAUCAAAUGGUUUACCAAUUUUGUUGUUUAUUAUACCCAGUGAAUACAUGUCCCUUACAAGAUAUAUUUCUAUCAUGCACCAAGUUAAAUUGAAUAAAGAUUUUGCAAAAGUCUCUGACGUCGCCCAAGGGUGGAGCUACCUAUACAUUUUCAAAAUUUAUUGAGUCAGUUUUUGAAAGGGGGUGGGUGAAAUGGAUUUGCAUUGAAACAUAGUAAUGAGAGCAGUACCCCAGGCAUUUUAGCACAGAGUAUGGCUUGUUGUCUAUGAAUGCUUUGUUGUAAUAGAUGAAGAGGAAAUUUACUGAUUCAUUAUAAGAAACUGUUUAUGUUUCCGAGUUUUAGGUUUUAAUUUCCAUGUCAUAGUGGUCAUUUACUUUUCAUUCUAAUAUAGGGGUCAUUUGUUUUUUCCAUUUUCUCAUGCUGUAGAAUUUGACUUUUUGUAAAGGUAUAUGAAUUUUAUUCAAAUCAUAUGUUAUCUGAUUUUAUUUUUUUUUUUUAUUACUGGUCAAUGCAUGCAAAACUCAAAUGUUCAAAUUUUGACAAAUUUCUACCUCUUAUUAUGAAUAUGCAGAUUUUAUUUUUUAUUAUCUUUUUUUCUUUCUUUUGUAUGUGAUAAAAAAUAGAAUGUUUAUUGUGUAAUAACUUACUAUUAGAAGUGUACAUUUAAUAAGCAACUCCCUGUCCUAUAUCUCGAACCUGCGUCAAAUCUCGUUCAACAUUAAAGACAAUUGCACAGGGGUCACAUUCAGUUUGAAGAUCUACUUUCAUUUUGAAGAUCUUCCACUUUCAGUUUGAUGAAGAUCUUCCAGUUUCUGUUUUUAAAGAUUUGACAGAUGUAGCUCCAAUGUUGGAUUGCUGUCAUUUUGUUCUCAUUUGUAGAUAUAGUUCAUGUAAUAUCUAAUUUGAAAUGUAGAAUUUAUUUCAUGGAAAGUUUUAUGUUCCCAUUUUCUUGCCAGCUAUUUAGUAUCUCUCUGGGAAAGAGAAUUUUUAUGGUUAGUAGGGCAGUGAAAUUUUAGAAAUAGAGAUUUAGUGUAGAAAAGCAGUGAAUGUAUAUGACUUACAUUUAGAUUCUGUGUAAUGUGAUUGUGUGUGAUGGCAUAUGUAGUAUUUAUCUUUGUGAGGAUGUCUUCUGUGGAGGUAUUGUACAUACAGUAUACCACAGUGUAUGAGACAUGUGAAAGUGUGUAGUAUUUAUAUAUGUUUGGGGGGGGGCUACACCCCCCACUCACCCCACCCCCGAUCUUAUGCAGCCCUUGUAUACCUUAGAUACCACCAGUCUAAAACUGGCCUGAAUGUAAUGCUCUAGUUUCAGGAUUUCCUUAAAUUACUGCUCAGUUUAAUCGUAGUUUACUAAUCUGCAGAUUUUAGAAAAACAAACCUUGUGCUGUCAUUCUUUACAGUGGAAGUAUUCGAUAGUUGGAGUCUAACUUGGUAUGGAGAUACAGCUCUGUAAAGUAUGAGUUACUUGGAACCAAAUCAAACACGCAGAAUGAAUUCUGUUUGCAUUGUGCUAAUUUGUUUAAUAUUAAUUGUUUAUGUGUUAAAGUGUUAUACUGUGUGUUAAAUUAUGUGUGUUUUAUAAUGUGUGUUAAUACUGUGUGUGUUAUAUUAUAUCCUGUGUUAGAUUUAUACCCACGUGUUACAUGUAUUAUAAUGUAUGUGUUAUAGUAUACAGUAAAACACAGUUACAGCGAACCUCCAGGGCCAGCGAAAAACAGUUCAUUAAUACCAAACUUCAUUAUACAGUAAAACAUGGUUAUAGCGAACCUCCAGAGCCAGCAAAAAACAGUUCAGUAUUACCAAACUUCAUUAUACAGUAAAACAUGGUUAUAGCGAAGCUCCAGGGCCAGCGAAAAACAGUUCAUUAUUACCAAACUUCAUUAUACAGUAAAACAUGGUUAUAGUGAACGUCAACGGCCAGCAAUAAACAGUUCAUUAUAACUAAAUUUCAUCAAAUCCAAUAAAAUGAAUGUUAUUUCCUUUUCAUAUGGGAAUAAAUAUUGCUUUGCAAUAAACGUGAAUUCAUUAUAAGCGUGUUCAUUAUAAGUGUGUUCUACUGUAUGUGUGUAUGAUUCUGUGCAUGCUUAUGAUACUGUACAUGCUUGUUUUUCAGUGUACAAUGUAUAUGUGUGUUAUAAUGUACAGAUAUAUGAUUUACAGUGUACAUUGUAUGACUUUACUUUCACAGCGAUGCUAGCAGUGCUUUAUUUUAUCUUAAUGAGGUGUUGUAGGGGUACAUUAGAGAUUUUUACAUUUGAUAAAUUUUAUAAUCUAAUGGAAAUAUUCAAUUUUAAUCUCACCAGGUGAAAGUGCUGAUUUUAUUCUUUAUCAAUUGAUUCAGAUUAUACACAUGUUACUGUCAUACAAGAUUUAUAUAAUUUGGUUUUAUGUAACAAAAUAUUUCUCCAUGAAAAUUGAGAAUAUUUUUUUUUAAAGUUUUCUGUACUUUAUGAAGAAGAAUAUAAUGAUUUUGUGUGGUGCAGUCAUCUAUAUAUAUAAAUAUAUGUGUGUGUGUGUAUAUACAUUCUAUUUAUUGGAUUUCAUCAGCUGUCUUGUAUUCAAAUGUAUUUCCUGAUGAAAUGAGUUAGUGGGGUGCGCGUUUGUGAGCGCAUGCUACUAUUUCAAAGAUGUAUAUCAAGUAAAUGCAAUAAUGUUUUUAUUGAUUUAUACAAGUUCAAGAUUAUGAUGUCACAAUCGGUGUGUAAUAUUUCAUGAUUGUUUUUCUUCCUCCUUUAUUACUGUAAAAAAAAAAAAAAAACAACAAACAAAAACAUACAAAUGAGGAAUUAUUUUAAUGUGGCUGGUACAGUUUAAUAAAGAAAAUAUGCAAGGAAAAACAA